GCCAAGAUCUUCUUCUCACCACGGAGAGAUGCACGCUGUUUUCGUCUCCUUCACGAGCGGGACUUCAUGAGUGUCGUCGUCGAUCAUCGCUCUCGCCCUUCGUCGUUCUCCUUCUCGCCGCGGAUCCUUCUCGCCGCGGAUACGUUUCGCCCCUUCGAAGGUCCGCCGUCGCUUCGCGAAGAUCUUUAUCUCGCUGCGGAGAAGUGUCCGAAAGAAAACAUGUUUACGCACGGCGGCGCCCGUGGGAAGAAGAGGGAAAACAUCCACGCGGACACUCAGGGGCGUGAAAGGGGUCAGCGGCAUGUGCCAAAGGCGAAGAGGCUCCGUUCAGAAGAAGUGUCAGCUAGCCUGCCUCAUCGCCGAGGGCGAAGCUGGACGGCAGCCAACGAGGAGGAAGAUGACGACGUGUUCACGACGGAGGAGAAAGCAGCAGAGGAGAACGUGGCGGCGCCUCGGGGAAACACUCUUCAACGGUCGGGUGAUCUGAGCGGUGCGAGAAGAUUGGUGACGCCCCCUCCGGAGGCGCAAGAAGUGCGUGCGCACAACACCCAGAAGGCGAAGGAGGUAGUUGUCGAUGUCGGCGGCGAGGACGACGAGCCGUUGGAGAGCCGUAGACAGCACAAUGUCACACAAGGUGCCAUGGCGACGGCCGUCAAGAUACGCGCCGCGCAUGAAGAAAGGCCACCUCAGGGUGGCCUGCCCUUGAUGUCGUCCCAGCCGCGCCCGCUCAACACGGCUGCAGAGGGGGGCUCCAUGGAACUCGUGGGAGGGGAAGGGGCCCAGCAAGAAACGCGCGUGGCGGGUGGGGUUGCCAUCGCUGCAGCAGCCGCGGGGUCUUCGGGGAAUGUUGGUGUCGUGGCAAGGGCGAGAGAAGAGGUCCCAGUUAUGGAGCGGGAGGUGGCGCGUGUGGACAACAACGUGGAAAGGGAGAAUGAAGACCCCCUUCUAAGCCGGGUUCGGAGGGGAGGAAUGGCGAGAGAUCUGGCCGACCGUGCCCGCCUGUGGGUCGAUGACAAAGCGUUUUGGACGACGGGGGAGGGGCGAAGGCUGUACAACAUCGUCCACGAAUCGAGGGAGUACUUUGUCGCCAUCGCCAGCGGAGUGCAAAUGCCCCGCGCGAUCGCCCGCGCAACGGCAGCGGAGAAUAUCGCUCCGCGCGUCUUGCAUGGAUGGGUCUUCAAGUUCGGGAACCGCCCCCGAGGAUUCAAUGUCGCUUUCCAGUACGCGUUGGAGUCGGUGGCAACGGACAUUGCGCGCGUCAUGUGGAACGGCGAGGAGUGGAGUGACGUCGUUAGCGCGCCCGUUUGCGCGCACACAAUCGACCUGAACAUGGACUUGCCAUUGUGGUUUGCGGGCACGAAAAUCGAAGACAGGCCGGAGGACGACGACAUGGCGGCGCACCAGGAGUCUACCGUCGUAUGCAUCGCGUAUGCGUUUCGCGCCGCGAUGCAAAUGGAUGGCAUCGUCGACAGCGGAUUCAUCUCGCACGAGCGUCUGUGUAGAAUUGCGGAUUGCUUCAGAUUGUUGUUGGCUGCUUGCAUGUGGUUGAUGCGCAUGGCGGGAGACGAUGCGCACAGCCAUUACGAAGCCUUUUACUUCGCAAAACUGGUCGCGAAGCCCACGCUCGUCGCGUCCAUGCAUUGCGCUUUCGAUCAUCGGCGGUCCAUCAUCCGAGCCACGAACGCCGUCACGGAGAGACUGGGGAAGGCGAACGCAACACUCGGAGAGUGCCCGAAGUACAGCCCCGACUGGGCUUCCUGCGGCAUCGUCUUUGGGCAAGACGCGAGCAUAACGGGGCCAGAGGACACGAAGAGGAGGGAUUGGUUGGGUUCCGGCCCCUUAGAGGACGACGACGACGACGAUGGAAAGGAGGACGCGUAGGGUGGGCGGUUGGGAGGGAGAGGUUGUCGCCGGUGCUUACACGUGCAUCGGGGGAGAGGGUGCACGAACGGGUCUCUUUUUCCGGCGAG